ACGAACUGUCACAGUUCGGUGCAGUGGUCAUGCCGUGUGAUGCUGUGUCCGAAACAAAACAAAGCCACCGACCACCAAUCCCAAGGGAGAAGUCUAAAAAACAAGUUGCUUUCAGGUCGAGAUUCGAGACCAAGCGGGUUUCCACGUGGCGCAGAAUUUUCCAACUUUUGUCAUUACACUAGUUGCUAGUAGUGGCUUCCCCUGAUCGGGAAUGAUCGGCGCGCGGCGGGCGCAAUGGCGGGGGAAAGAGAGCGCGCUUCGGACGGAUCGGGACGGACCGGAAGAGAAGAGGGAGGACGGAGAUGUGCUCACCACUGGCAGGGAGGAAGAGCUAGUACGAUCCUUGUCUCAAGCUGCGGCGGUCCUUGACGACAUAGACAGUGCUUCUGCUAGUAGAGCUACUGCUGCUAGUGGCGGUAGUACCGGUGGAGGUAGAUUGCUCAGCACCCAAACUUUGGAUCUGUCAAAGCUCCGGAGGGGCAUCGCGCGCCCCAUUCCCGAUAGUAGCAGCAGCGGUACUAACGGCAGCAGUGGCUCUGUUUCACCCUUCUCCACGUCAUCCAUUUCCACGUCAGCAUCUACUGCAUCGUCCACGUCGUUACCCGCCGCCACGUCAUCAACCAUGUCUCUGCCUACCCCCAUCGGCAUCACUCCGCAUUGGAGCGCCUAUUGUACGGACAGAUGCGGUGUCAUGUGGAAACCGAUACGAGUGUACGUGGUGUGGUACGGUUACUUCUCUGAGCCCCAGAAGCAGCUCGUUCGUACGCUGACUGGGUCGUUCAGUCCGGAUGACAAUCCUGCCGUUACAGUUCCCCUCUGGUGGAACAUCAACCGGCUGUACUAUGACCAGGAGGGGCGUUUCAUCUCGCGCAAUGUAACGUGGGCCAAGGAGAAAGAUGACACGGGGUAUUCCCGAGGGAAGUCUCUGUGGCUGACUGACGUGGAAGCGGUGAUUGCCACGGCCAUCGCUACCAGCGAGCUGCCUUAUGACGAGGAUGGAGUGUACUUCGUGUUAUCAGACCAAUACGUCAACCAGCAAUGGUCGUCCACCGACAAGUUUUGUGUGUCCUUCUGCGGGUGGCACUACUUCGGCUCUGCGCCGUCCCGAGGCGACUUCAUCUACUCCUGGGUGGGGCGCGCCGACAAACUGUGCCCCACGUCGUGCAUAGCAGCUGAUGUGCGCACGGCAGCCAAAGCACCCAACAAGGACCCCGGGAUGGACGGGCUGCUGUCGGUGUACGCGCAUGAGCUCGCAGAGGCCGCCUCAUCCCCGUUUGUGUCCACAUGGUUCGACAAUGACGGCGAGGAGAACGCCGACAAGUGCGCCUGGAACCCCCAAAGCCGCAGCGGCCUAAGAGCCUGGGAGAGUUUGUCCAGUGGCUGGUGAAACGACUCCGACCAAGUGGCUGAUCGCA